UUAAGCUCCCAGAUCUUCAGCAGGGACAACGCCCGCAGGCUAGGCAUGAAGGCGGCGACACCGGUGGUGGUGACGGCGGCUGCUCCUGCGAUGGAGCCGGGCCCUUCUGUGUCCCCGGGGCCUUCGCGCUCCUUCAAAGAGGAGCUGCUGUGUGCCGUGUGCUACGACCCGUUCCGCGACGCAGUAACUCUGCGCUGUGGCCACAACUUCUGCCGCCGGUGCGUGAGCGGCUGCUGGGAGGUGCAGACGACGCCCUCGUGUCCGGUGUGCAAGGAACGAGCGGUGCCCGGGGAGCUGCGCACCAACCACACGCUCAACAACCUGGUGGAGACCUUGCUGCGCGAGGAGGCUGAGGGCGCGCGCUGGACCGGUCGCCGGUCCCCGCGCCCCUGCCGUGCGCACCGUGCCCCGCUCACGCUCUUCUGCCUGGAGGACAAGGAGCUGCUGUGCUGUGCUUGCCAGGCCGACGCCCGGCACCAAGAGCAUCGUGUGCAGCCCAUCAAGGACACUGCGCAAGACUUCCGGGCCAAGUGUAAGAACAUGGAGCAUGUAUUGCGAGAGAAAGCCAAGGCCUUCUGGGCCCUGAGGCGCACCUAUGAGGCCAUUGCCAAGCACAAUGAGGUGCAAACGACUUGGCUGGAAGGCCGCAUCCGGGAUGAGUUUGACAAGCUCCGUGAUUUCCUGAGGGUGGAGGAACAGGCCACCUUGGAUGCCAUGAAGGAAGAGAGCAGAAAGAAGCACCUGCAGGCUGAGGAGAAGAUGAAGCAGCUAGCAGAACAGACCGAGGCGCUGGCUCGGGAGAUUGAGCGUCUGCAGAUGGAGAUGAAGGAAGAUGACAUGACCUUCCUCAUGAAACACAAGAGCCGAAAACGCCGGCUCUUCUGCACCGUGGAGCCAGCUCCUCUCCAGCCUGGCUUGCUAAUGGAUGCAUGCAAGUAUCUGGAGUCCCUGCAGUACCGAGUCUGGAAGAAGAUGCUUGGAUCCGUUGAGUCUGUGCCCUUCAGCUUGGAUCCCAACACAGCUGCUGGCUGGCUCAAAGUGGCUGAUGACCUCACGAGUGUCAUCAACCAUGGCUACCGCGUGCAAGUGGAGAAUCCAGAGCGCUUCUCCUCGGCACCCUGCCUGCUAGGCUCUCAAGUGUUCUCCAAGGGCUCCCACUCUUGGGAGGUGGAUGUGGGUGGCCUGCCAACCUGGCGAGUGGGUGUGGUUCGGGUGCAGGCACAUGCACAGGCGCAGGCUCAGGCUGACGUAGGUGGUGAAGGCCACUCACACAGCUGCUACCAUGAUACACGCUCAGGCUUCUGGUACCUGUGCCGCACGCAGGGUGUGGAUGGAGACCACUGCAUGACUUCCGACACUGCCACAGCCCCUCUGGUCCAGGCCAUGCCGCGCCGUCUGCGUGUGGAGCUGGAGUGUGAGGAGGGUGAGCUAUCCUUCUAUGACUCUGAGCGCCACUGCCAUCUGUAUACCUUCCAUGCCCACUUUGGGGAGGUGAGGCCCUACUUCUACCUGGGAGCCUCUCGAGGUGACGGUCCCCCGGAACCUCUGCGUAUCUGCCACCUGCGUGUCUCCAUCAAAGAAGAGCUGGACAUCUGAGCUGCCCACCCCUGACACAUGCAGCAUACUAUAUCCUGUCUUAGCUUUUCUGUAGCUCCAAAGUUAGGAGCCACCCAGGAGGUGCUUGGCUGAGCCUAGGCUCUGUCUACAGUCAUGCUACCUUCAGGAUGUGGGUUUUCUGUUCUUGGAUUGCUGGUAUACUGUUUUCUUUGUAGGAUGGCAUUAUAAUGUAGGUGUAGACUAUUUUUAGAGAUGAUGAAGCCAGCCUAUCAGGAGAUGCCUCUUAUUGAGUCUAUUUGUCAUUUAUGUUUCCCAGGAAGAGGUCCUUGUCAGGCCACACAGGGAAGCCCCAGGAUGGUUUGAGACAAGAGUGGGCAAAGCCUUCACCUAGGCUCUCCCACCCCAGUAGGACAAGUUAGGUAUUGGCCAGCCUCACUGAGCAUGCAUGGCUUUAGCAUCUGGUCUGAACCAGGAGUCCCCGUGUUGGUUCCUAGGACAGGAUUGUCCUUGACUCUCUCUGUGGGAACACUGUAGGGUGUGAGGUACUCUGGAAUACAGCUCAGAGUUGUGGGUGUCUCAGGAAAGGCAGCUCCAGGGCCUUUGGCAGUGGUUAAGGACUGACCAGCCUCAAGUUAGUGCCAUAGAGGCCAAAGCACCAGAAUGCAGUGAGUGAGAAGACAGCUAGUGCUGGGUUGGAACAUGAGCCCCACUCUGUUACUCAGUCUUUCGGCACGGAAUCGACACUGGUUGGUCACCUCAUGCUUUGAACGUUUCCUCUGGAAUUGUCCAGUUUUCUAGAACACUUUUUAAACCUGUGUUUCCACAUCUGUGAUUUGACACUAGUCCUUGGAAAUCACUGGAGGAAGGUAUGAGAAGGAGCCUCAGAGAAUGCUGCUUCAGUCAGUGACUGUUGGUCUGGGAGACGAGUCCUGGCCUUGCUGGCCUUGUCUUCAUUGGCUUCCACCUGCCUGUCCUUGCUCUGCUCUCUGCAGAUUCCACCCCUUUCCUUUAUGUGUCCCUCUGCCUUUUCUUUCUCAGUCAUGCCUGUAGAUGGAGUCUAAUUGCCAACUAACCAAAUCCCAAGAGAUGUUGUAAGGAAAAAAUACCAUCUCAGGGGUGCCCUGUCAUCGUCAAGACCUAGGACCUAGCAUCCCAAUUUCAGCCUGCACCCCUCAUUACAUAAGACUUGUUUUAAACCACGCCGAUUACCCACUAAUUGGCUCUAAAUGGGUCAUGUGCACUUGUGGAUUAUCUAACAAGUGGAGACACAGAAGAAACCCUGGUGCAGGCCAGGCCGGGAGCAGGGACAGUGUUGGCAAGCCAGCUUGUGAGUGUCAGAUGCUUGGGCACCACGGAUGUGAAAGGUGCGCCUGGUGCAAUGUAUGUGUUUGGUUAAAGAAACUCUCUGAAAUUACUGUUAUAAUAAGUUUUUAAAAGUUUUUUCUUUCUUUUUAAUUUUCACCUUAACUCUUAAAUAGGGUAAUUUCAAUGACCUAGACUCUUAGAAAAAUUUGACUUACCCCACAACUGACAUGUUUCUUUCAGAGCUUUUGUAAACACAAAUUCCUAGUGUAACUUGUACCUGAUCUGUCCUUCCCAUUGUAAGAUUCCAUCGUGUGCAGUGAAUGUGCUGUGCAACUUGUUAGUUGAUGGACAUUUGGCUUGUUGCAGUGUGUUUAGCUGUUAUGAGUUCUGCUGCUAUGAAAUUUGUGUGCAAGUUUUGUGUGGCUGUGUCUCUUGAUUUUCUGUCAUAUACCUUGGAGUCUGUUUUCCAGGUCAUAUGAUAAUUAUUUUAAGCCCUUUGGGGACUUGCCAAGCUGUUUCUAAGAGAGCCGUCCCAUUUUCUACUCCCACCGGCAGCAGGUGAGGGCUGGUUUGUAACGAAUUCUCUCUGCCCUCUUAAGCUGAGGAAGCUGGAGUAGGUCUCAUUUGCCCUGUAGUUGCGAUCUCUGAUGGCUGGGGAGCAUCUUUCCUCAUGUUUGCUGUGUAUCUGCUUCAGAGACUUCAGGGUGUUUGCCCAUUGGGUUGUCUGACCUUUUAUUAUGAAGGUUUACAAGUUUGUUAUGCAUUCUAGAUAAAAGUUCCUUUGUGUCAGAUGAAUCACAUAAAAAUUUUCCUCCUAAUUCA